CGCUCACAGGUGGUGGGUGCAUUUUAUUCACUGUGUACGCGGUAUAGUGCGCUGAAGCAUUCAAUUUGACACAGAGGAAGUUAACGAGAUUUAUAAUAGUCCCCUUUAUGGGGAACCUGCAUCAGAAGAAGCUUUGUUAUUCCUUCCUUUCUCAUCGGAUAAUAGCGAAAUUCGCCCUCACCAUGUUUAAGUUGACACUAGCAGCAACAAUUCUAGCGGUCGCUUUGGCGAGACCAGAGCCACCUGUCAAUUCUUAUUUACCACCUGGUGGUGGUGGUGGUGGUGGUGGUGGUGGUGGUGGUAGAGGGGGCGGGGGAUCGUCCAGUCAGUACGGGCCACCAUCAGGAGGUGGACAGGGACAGGGAGGUAGGCCAUCAAAUAAUUACGGGACUCCUGGCGCAGGUGGUGGUGGUGGUGGAUUCGGUCAACAGGGAGGACAGGGGAGUGGAUUCGGCCAGCAAGGCGGUCAAGGGGGUCAGGGCGGACGUCCUUCGAGUAGUUAUGGUGCACCCAAUGCCGGUGGUAAUGGGUUUGGGCAGCAGGCCGGACAGGGGGGUAGACCUUCAAGUAAUUACGGUGCUCCCGCCCCUGGGGGUAAUGGAUUCGGCCAACAGGGCGGCCAGAGUGGUCAGGGUGGCCAGAGUGGCCAGAGUGGCCAGGGAGGACAGGGGGGCAGACCAUCAAAUAGUUACGGCACACCUGGAUCCGGCGGAGGUGGAUUUGGUCAACAGGGUGGCCAGGGAGGCCAAGGCGGCAGACCUUCAAGUAGUUACGGCGCUCCUGGGUCAGGAAGCGGUAGUUUUGGGCAGGAGGGGGGGCAGAUAGGACAAGGUGGCCUGGGGAAUAGCCCUUCCAGUAGUUACGGGCCUCCUGGCUCAGACACUGCUCGAUUUGGCCAGCAGGGUGGACAGGGUGGUCAGGGGGGCUUUGGACGACAGAACACCUCACCAUCGAGACCGUCAGAUAGUUAUGGACCUCCUGGGGCAGGAGGGGGUGGAUUUGGACAACAAAGUGGACAAGGUGGUUUUGGACAACAAAACACCUCACCUCCAAGACCUUCAGAAAAUUAUGGACCUCCUGGGACAGGAGGGGGUGGAUUUGGACAGCAGGGAAGACAAGGUGGAUUUGGACAGCAGGGAGGACAAGGUGGUCGUCCACCCUCAAAUAGCUAUGGAGCACCAAAUGCUGGCGGAAAUGGAUUUGGGAAGCAGGGAGGCCAAAAUGGGCAGGCAGGUUAUCCAAGUGGCCCUGCUGGUCAGGGUGGCUUUGGAGGUCAAGGGGGUGGAAGGCCGUCUGAUAGUUACGGAGCACCUGGAGGUGGUGGCGGUGGAUUUGGAGGUGGCAACAGUGGAAUCGGAGGAUCUUCACGAUCUGGAGGAGGCUCAGGGGGUAGAAUCCCAUCCGACAGUUAUGCACCUCCUGCCGCUGGAGCUCCUGGUGACGGAUACGCCUCAGGGGGUCCCAGUGGUGGUUCAAGUGGUUAUGGCAGCGGUGGGCCAGGCGGUGAAGAGAGCAACGAACCGGCCAAGUACGAUUUCAACUACGAAGUUAAGGAUGCUCAAUCAGGACUUGAUUUCGGACAGACGGAGAGCCGUGAUGGUGAUCGAGCCCAGGGAAUGUUCAAUGUUCUGCUGCCCGAUGGGCGAAAGCAAAUUGUUGAGUACGAGGCGGAUCAAGACGGGUUCAAACCACAGAUAAGGUACGAGGGUGAAGCCAAUGCCGGCGGCUACAGUUCGGGGGGACCUGGAGGCGACUCGGGUUAUCCAUCUGGUGGACCUGGUAAUUCCGGUGGCCAAGGGGGAGACAAUUUCGGUGGCAGUGGAGGCGGUUAUCCCUCGGGCGGUUCUGGCAGUAACGGAGGAUUUGGUGGAGACAGUGGGUAUCCCUCUGGGCGCCCUGGCAGUGGAAGCGGAGGAUUUGGCGGACAAAAUGCCGGUGGAAAUCAAGGAUAUCCCUCUAAUCAACCGGGGGGUAAUUUUGGUGGUAAUCAGGGCGAAUAUCCAUCGGGAAGUGGCGGUGAUGCUGCUGCAAAUGGUGGAUAUCAAUACUAAACCUGUGCUUAUAAUUUACAUCAUAAUAGAUGAACAAUAUACAAUCAUAAUUGAUCCCAGCCCAGUAUUGGCUUACGAUGCAAACAAAAUUAUUUAUGCAAAACGAUGCAAUGAAAGGAUUGAAGUCGAAACAUCUCAUUGGAGGGCAAAUCCAAUUAUAACAGAAUAGAUUUAUUCAGAUUUCGAUUCAUAUUUAUGCAGUAUUGAAUUCGCACACAUCUAUGUACACAUAAUACUCAUACCUUAGUUCAUCGUUACCAGAUAUCAAGUAGAUAAUCCAUUAUACUGAACUUUGGUCGCUUAGUAUUAAAAAUUAAUACUGUUCUAGUUGAAUUUUUCAUCCCAUCAAAUUGUAAAGUACGUUACUUAAUAAUCACAACGAACAUAAUCCGUGAUUAUUUUUUAUAAUUCAAUGUAGAAUAAAUUUGC